GAAGCUCUUUGUGGUUGGAGAACAAACAAGAUGGAAUCUUUGCUUCUCACAGUUAAUGGUGGUGUUUCUUUCUUCAACUCCUCCUCCCGUUCAUCCUUCUCUGAUUCACUCUCUAAAACAAUUUCUAAGUGGGAAUUGAAAAAUAACCAAAAUCUAAGGCUUACGAAUGUGGGUAUUCGUAGGAUGCACGGAAAGGCAUCAUGGCUCUUGGCAAAUCCUAAUGUAUACAUUGUGCCUGUUCAAGUAUCAGCGGGGAAAGGAAAUCCUGGGGAAGUUGUUAUGGUUGACCCUUUGGAGGCCAAACGCUUAGCUACUAAACAAAUGGAAGAAAUCAAAGCCAGAGAGAAACUUGGGAGGCAACGCCGAAUUGAAGCAAUCAAUGGAACUUGGGCAAUGCUUGGUUUAACUGCAGGUUUGGUUAUUGAAGGUCGCACAGGAGAUAGCAUUAUAACUCAGUUGGAGGGAUAUUGGAGGAGCAUCCAAAAUUUCAUCUUAGCGCAACCUUCUCUGGUGUAUUGGUGGAGAACUACACAGACUUUCUUAUCUAAUCAAGAUUUCAAGAAUCCAUUUUAAUUUGUUUUUGAUAUCAGUUCUUCUUGCCCUGGUUCAGAGUUUGUAUGGGCUGUUCAUCUUUGACAGUUAAAGUCAGAUUUUUUUUAACAGUGUACAUCAUCCCAUCGGUAUCCCAUGUUGCUUGUAAUUUAAAACAUGUCUUAAUGCUGUUUAUAGCACAUGAACACACAUUACAACCAUUGUUCUGGCAGCUAACAGCCUUGUAAACAGUAAAGCUUCAAAUUUGUGGCCCAUGUUUUUAUCUCUUCCUACCACACC